AUGGGCUUGGACUACUGGCUUGUGCAUUUUACGUGGACCAUUCCACCAGCUGCUUUGCUGACUGUGGCUUAUUGGCCGUUCUUCACGAGGACGGAGAUCUUGAAAAUAUUCACACUAAUCACAAUUGCUGUCAUUGCCACAAUACCAUGGGAUUCAUAUUUGAUUCGAAAUCGCAUCUGGACUUAUCCCGACGAUGCCGUGGUCGGCGUCACGAUAUUCAAAAUUCCCAUAGAGGAGGUGUUCUUCUUUAUCAUCCAGACUUAUCUCACCGGCCUCUUGUACAUGAUUCUACAUAAACGCCUUGUACUACCAGUGUAUCUCCUGCCGAAAUUCAUUAACUCAUCUAUGAAUUUCGUGCCGCUGGUUCUAUCAGGUGGAAUCGCCGCUGCGGCAGCAUGCAUCUGGGUUGGGAAUGAACUAACUUACAUGGGCCUUAUCAUGGGAUGGGCACUCCCUGUGAUAGCAUUCCAAUGGUUCUUUGGUGGGAGCUUUCUCCUUGCACUACCCAAAAAGCCAAUACUCAUCUCAAUUCUACUCCCAACUGUAUACUUGUGGAUGGUCGACUUUCUUUCGCUGCAACGAGGAACCUGGGUUAUUGAGCCAGGAACGAAAUUGGAUUUACAGUUCGGAGGCUACCUCGAUGUGGAAGAAGCAUUAUUCUUUCUGAUGACCAAUGUGAUGGUUGUUUUGGGCUUUGUUACGAUGGACCAUGCAAUUGCUAUCGCAGAAUAUGAAGAUGCCAUAGCUGCCCCCGGUCACAACAAGUCACAGUCGUUUCAACAGGUCGUAUGGAACUACAUGACACGUCGACAAAGAUCCCUAGAUCUUGGCUUUUUAGAGGGUCUCAGUAUUGCUAUUGAUAGACUAGCUGAGAAAAGUCAAAGCAUGUAUCUGGGAAGCGCGAUGUUCCAGGGCCGAUUAAGAAUCGAUCUCAUACUCCUAUACUCUUUCUGCAGAGUCAUUGAUGACUUGGUCGACGAAGCCCCCGACAAAGAGACAGCCAAGGCUAAUAUCAAGGAGGCCUCCCAAGUCCUUUACUGGCACUUUUCUAACAAAAAUCUUGGAAAGCCACUAUACGAGUAUUUGGAUGCUGAAUAUGGUGCGUUUCAAAAGAAGCGGCUAUCGCCGCUCAUCUCUUCGAUUGCACUACUACCGACUUCGCGGUUGACUAUAAAACCCUUACUUGAGCUCCUUCGCGGCUUCGAAAUGGAUCUGGGAUUUUGCGCAGAGAAGAAUGAGUUCCCAAUCACAUCGGAAUCCGAUUUAGACCUAUACGCCUAUCGAGUGGCUGGCACGGUCGCAUCCUCUCUUCUCGAAUUGAUCUUCGGCCACUUUACUACAGCUACAUCCGAGGAAGACCGCAGUCGGAUUAUUGAGGCUGGCCAAAAUAUGGGCCAAGCGCUCCAAUGCGUCAACAUCGCUCGAGAUAUCAAACGCGACGCAGCAAUAGCGCGAGUUUAUAUUCCCACUUUCUGGCUUGAGAACGAAGGAUUGCGCCCACGGGAUGUUAUCGCAAAUCCAGAUGAUUCCAAGUUGGCGGUGCUAGAAGAACGCAUGAUUAAGAAAGCAGAGGGCCUUCACGACUUGAACGUUGCAGCAAUUGCUCAGCUACCGAUAGAAGCUCGUGGACCCGUCAAAACGACGGUUGAGAGCUACAUGAUGAUUGGGAAAAUGGUUCGCAAGAGACGGCAGGGAGCUCUUAGUAAGACUAACGGCAAACUUAGAGUGCCUCUAUGGCGGAGGCUGUCGCGCGCUUGGUGGGAUAUGUGUUCUGCAUAG